AUGGCGGCAAAGUACAGAGAUUUGGUUAUGUCUGGUCUGCUUAAGGCAUCGUCCGACCCAGAUGAAUACAUUCGCGCCGCCAGUCUUUCAAACAUGGCUGAAAUCGCUUGUCUUCUGCGUCACAGCAUUCAACCAGUCGUUUACGAAAUAUACGGCGUACUGGAGAAGCACUUGAAGCAUGACCCGUCCCCUUGUGUACGCAAGUCGGCUGCCUUCCUUGCAACACGGGGUCUCUUUCAGGGGGCACCGGGGGAUCCGCUGCCCUCCUUCCUCCCUGCGGAUGUACUGCGUGACGUUAACCGCCUGCUCUCCGACCAAUCGCGUGUUGAGAGGGAUCCCAGUGUCCUAGAACAGAUUGAAGCAGCACUGGGCCAGUUGCAUGCGCGAACGCACGAUUUGUGCAACAUUUACCGCAUUCCCUUCUUCUACGUCCCCUGUGCCCGACAGAGUUAA